AUGACGUUAACGAUGCGUUAUUAUCACCAUCAUCACUUCCACAGAUACCUGCCAGUGGUGGCGCUGAUAACGCUCUGCUCGGUGGUGGUUUCCGCUUACGUCUAUAAAUGUGAACCGGGCACCGAACCAACGGUUUGCCGCAUCUGGAACUUGCACUACGACGAGGAGGCAGCAGCCAAACAUCCGGACAGAGUGCCGACUGCCAAUUUUUCGUCCACCGUUCGUACCGUACACUUACUGUACUUUCGGUACUACUUUAAACGCCACAACCAAUUGAGGCAAUACGACUUGACGCUACACGGCACUGUGCUGCGCAAUCCUCCCAAUGUGCUGAUUCACGAAACUCGGCUGGAACGCCUCUUCAUACCAACCAAUCUGCAAAUGGGUGAUUUUACCGACAACAUCAUCACGGUGAUCGUUACCGAUCCGUCCCAAACGUACGAUGUGCGCUAUCUAGACCUAGCGGACAAUCGCCUUUCCAAUGUGGCAAAUCUUUCCGCCCUGACGCGAUUGGAAACACUCAAUCUGGAAGCUAAUCGACUGAGAACGCUCGAUCCAGAUAUGUUCAAGCGCAUGGACAACUUGACACAUCUCUACCUGGGCGACAAUCACUUCGCCUCCUUUGAUUUUAAAACGUUCCCCAAGCGUUUGCAGGUACUGUGGUUGACGCGCAACAGCCUGAGUAAGCUUAACCUGGCCGGUUUCAUACUUGCCGAAUUGAAAGAACUCGAUCUGGAGUCAAACUCGUUAACAACGCUAAAUCUAGCGUCAGUGUUUACGGCCUUCCCCGCAUUGCAGACGUUGCCGAUCGCUUACAACAAGUUCGGGAAGAGCGAAGCGAAGCUCAUGCUCGCCGAACUGAGGCGGCGCAAUGUGUCCUACUUUAUCGGCAUGGAACGCGAUGACGAUUUGGACUGUGAUUACGAUGAGUUUCGCGUGGACGAUCUAUGCUUCACCGAAGUGUCGAUCGGUGAUAAUUCGUUCUGGAAGGGCACCGUCCUUCUGGUGGUAGCCGUGCUAGUGGUGGCUGUGUUUUUGCUUAGUGUACGCUGGAUUUGGUACCAAAUGCGCUAUUGA